AUGCUAUGUGAGAUGGACGAGAAAGUAAUGCAAAUUUUGGAAUCUAUUCGUCAGCAUUUUUCAUCGUACAAGUUUAUUGAGCAAGUAUUUGAGGUUUGUUUCACCGAUACCAAUUCAGUCGUUUUAGAAAAGGACACGCUUGGAAGACCUGAGAUGUCAAUAUUUUGGAAGAUUUUCAGCGAUGAGGAAACCCUUAUGUCGUACCUCCAUGAAUUUGAUUUGAACGGAGCAUUCGAUGUCGUUCGCGGCGCAAUUCUUUGUAACGACUACGGAAUUUACACUUGUCGCUUGAUUAUUUCCCUUAUCGAUUGUGGGGAAUACAACUUAGCGAAAGAGCAAUUUAAAGUCUACUUGGAUGUACGUGAUCCAUGUCAACGUUUAGUCAACGGGCUUCUUUGUCUCUUCACGGGAGACUUGGAAGAAUUUCGUGAGAUUUUGUCUAACUAUACUCACGUCUCAUCAGCUCAGACAAGUAAUGCCUUUCGAAAAAUUCACCCUGCAUUAGUGCUGCUGCCCAUUUUCAAGAAUCUUUUCGAUGAUACUGAUAGUCAAAUAUUGCAGUCGCUGUACUUCCACGAGCUCUCUCUCUUGUGUGAAAAGUGUUCAUCCUUUAGCGAAAAGUGUAAAGAGAAGGUCACCCAGCUUCUCGGUGAAGCUAUGUUUUUUGAGAAGGAAGCGAUACGUGUGCAUUGCUCAACGGGUCUCCUGGAUAACGUGCCUUUGAAAUACCAUAGAAGAGUGGUAGACCUUUCUAUCAAAAUGAAGCAUUUCGAAGAAGCAUUUGAAUCACUUCCCUCGAUGUUGCCAUAUAUUGAUUCCUUUGAGUUGAAAGGAAUUUUCGCCAUUUUAUUAAAAGCGUUGAUUGAAAAUGGAAAUCAGCGUCUCUUGUUCGGGCGUCUCUCAGAUCUCAUUGCUGGACAACGUCAUUUAAUUGAUGCGGUCUUAAUGGAAAACGCGAACAAUGAUCUUGUGCUAUGGAGGUCUCUUAAGACAUACGAGCUUCUUUUCUCGUGGCGUCUUUUCGGAGAGUAUGGUGCUAUUGGAGAUAGAAGAGGUGCUAGCGAGGCUCUUUAUAUCUUUAUAACAAGAUUCAGGUUAGAGAGCGAGAGAUUGAAAGACACUCCCAAAGCAGAUGAAGAUUAUAGACGCUUCAAACUUAAGAUUCUUGAAUUGUACAUGAUCAUAAUUAAUUGCCUCAAGUCGUUCAAAAAGGACGAUGAUAGGUGGUUGAGGAAAAAGGAAAAUGGAGCAUUUCAGGUCAUUGACAUCCAAUCAUUGAUGCUGGAAUACCUUGAUUGGUUACAGGAGUUGGAGAAGGAUGCAAAGUAG